AUGGAGCCUUCACAAGAUACACAGCCCACGCAAGAGGCGACGCAACCCCUCGAAGACCCAAGACGAUAUGGCACGACCUUGAGUCAACUGGAACCAGAGGACAGGGCUGAUAUCCUAUGCAUUUUGCACGCCAAUUCUAGCAUGGCAAUAAAUGCCAUUCGCGCGACUAUGCUUGCAGCCCCAGAGCACAUCCUGCAAAACGACGACCUCGAUGGCAUUACUGAAGAGAGUUUGGCGAACGAUCCGGAGAUGGAGAAUAUGACAAGAGAAAUAGCCCUUCGUAUGAGCACAACCUCCAAAUUCCCGCUCGAAGGCUUCAGGUUUGGUCGCAGUCCAUUGGUCUGCGACAUUCUGCUGACAGAAGACCCCCACGACAAAUUAAUAAGUAGUGUGCAAUUCACAAUCUUCGUCAAUGACCAGGGCAGCCUCAUGCUUGAAGAUCGUUCGACAAAUGGCACUUAUGUGGACGAUCUUUUGCUCAAAUCGAAGGACAGAAAUAAAGUUUUCAAACCUGCGAGACUGGCUCUGAAACAUGGCUCUAUUGUUUCUGCACAUGUCGGUUCUGCCAGAGAACACGCCAAAUUCAUGAUACGCAUUCCAACCAGAAACGAAUGUGAAGAGCUUUACGAGCAAAAUGUGAGAAACUAUCUACAGAGACAAGGUAUCGAGCCUAGGUUUUCUUCGAUUCGCGAGAGCUCGUAUGGCAAUCACUGGAAUGGUGGAGCGAAGUACAAUUUUACCGGUCUUCUUGGAAGAGGUGCUUUUGCAGAGGUUUAUCGUGUUCAAACCAAAAGCGAAGGCACUGUAUACGCAGCAAAGGAGAUCGACAAACGUAAGUUUAUCAAGAAUGGCAUACUUGACGUCAAAUUUGAUAACGAGCUUCUCAUCAUGAGCAAGCUAAGGCAUCCGAAUAUUGUCGAAUUUCACGAAGCUGUCAGAUUUGAGCACUGGGUCUACAUUAUCAUGGAACAUGUGCCAUUCGGUGAACUUUCCAAACAGCUCUCACACGGACGUCUGCCAGAAAGCGAUGGACAGCAAGUCACGAUACAGACUUUGCGAGCACUGGACUACCUACAUAGGCAAGGUAUCACGCACCGUGACAUCAAACCCGACAAUAUACUUGUCGCUCGGCGCGACCCUAUUGUUGUCAAACUUUCCGACUUUGGCCUAUCCAAAUCGGUUAUAGACAAGGAAACCUUCCUGAAAACAUUUUGUGGCACCCUCUUGUACUGUGCACCGGAAGUCUAUCCUGACUAUCACAUGUAUGCUCAGACUACCACCAAGCGACGUCGACCAGGAGCAGCCUCUUCGAAAAUGUCCUCUUACGAUUCUUCAGCAGAUAUGUGGUCAUUUGGUGCCGUCAUCUUUCAUUUACUGGCAGGUAAAGCACCAAUUAUCGGUAGAGGCGACGAUCACGGUGCUGCAAUGUUGGCCACCAUUAUGACACAACCUGUUGACUUUGAGCCCUUGCGCCAGGUCAACAUAUCUCCAACCGGCAUUGAUUUUAUCAGAAAUCUGCUCAAUAUACAACCAGACCUUCGCCCGACCGAGCAGGCUUGCUUUGAUCAUCCAUGGCUCAAGGAUGUCGAAGAGAUACUGGAUUAUACAUCCGUCAACACCGUCGAUCUUCGACCUCGCCGUCUGGAGGCCGUGGUAGAAGCGAAUGAGGAAGUGGACGAAGAACUGAUAGAUGACCUUAGCAGUCUGACUCAAGACUCAGUCCUCUUUCAACAUGCCAACACUUCACAUGCUGUACUGUCGAGUCCUCAAAGGGCGUUCAAAAAACCAAAGAUGACACGAGUCGAGAGCACCAUUCCAGCAGAUAUAUUGUACCCUCAUCUACCUGCCGUUUCACCCUCUGCAUCUGCCCACACCAGUGACUCUAAAACACCGAAGCUGUUUGGAGAAAUCACACCUUCUUUGCUGAAGAGUUCCGGGUUGUUUGGGAGCAAUACGGGACCUGCUGUGUCACCUGUCAUCAAAGAAGAUUUGCCGCAGAUCCGCGACCAACUUGAACAGGUAAGCAUGAAUGACUUUGCUUCGUCACCACCAGACGCUGUGGAGGAAUCACUUGCGAACAACGCACUGCUCGAAGCGGAUUUAUCAUAUGCCGAAAUACCUAUUGCAGGCUCUGCAGCGAGCCUGAUGGGCGCUGAAGCGCAAUUGGGCCAGAUGAAGAUGGAUCCACCCAAACCCAGUAUUGCUAACCCGUCAUCAGCAGAAUCCCAAAUCCCCGAGCUAUGUUCAAACCAAGACACAAUAGUACCUCAACCACAUGAAGCGUCUGCUCCGGAUGUGGUCCCACCGCAGGACUCUAUGGUCGCCGACGAUCCAAGACGCAUCGAGGUCGGACUACUGAUGGACGAUGUAGCCUUUUCGGAAACACAAAAGGAACGACAGGCAGCUCGUGAGCAAAAUGCCAGACUGACAACUCAAGCACCAUUUGGUAAAAGCAGCACCAAUCUGGUCACUCCGACGACUGGCAUGGCGAAGACAUUCAGCACGCCAAUGGCCCAGUUGAUAAAGAGGACAUCCGCUCUCGAAGGGCAACCAAACAGUUUUGGAGGUACGACGGCGAUGCGGCUUCUAAGUGUCAGCAAAUUUACCUCCACAACUCAGAAACUAGGGAAAUUGAUACCGGUCGAUGGCUCUUUUGACAGAGAAGUCGUACCCCUGAUUCGUCGUAAGACGAUGUGGGGUCGAGCACCUCAGUGUGAUUAUCGAUUCGCGAACCCGCAAGACACUCGGGUCCCAAAAUUCGGCAUGAAGAUCAUUUUUUAUGCGCCCGGUAUAGAGCGUGUUGAAUUAGCAAAUAGAGACUGGACAAAAGUGUCAGGGAUCAGAACGAUCAUCGCAACUUCAGCGACAAGGGGUAUCAGAGUCAAUGGGAUCACUCUCCCGGGUCAAGCAAAGGACAGCACUGCCGCGAUGUUUGGCAAGAUCUAUAGUGGUGAUAUUAUCACGAUCCAUGAAUCGGAGAACUCAGGAGCAUUUCUAAAAUACCAGGUUGAAAUCUCAUUUGGCGACAGUGCGCGAGUACGACCGGAGCACGAGAAGCCUUUCGUUGUCCAGAAAGAGAUGUUUCAAAUCCCAAAGAUGAGGGAGCAAGGCCUACAAGCUACGUUUCAUGGCGAAGAAGCAGCUUCUGCUUUGGCUGUACCAGUGACUGAGGUGUCUGCGGCAUAG